GCGGAGUCCAGUGAAAGUAAGUGAACUAUCAAAACAAACUAACUGCACGUACGGCAUCGUUUCCGUUUCAGCAUCAUUGCAGCUAACGGCUCGUAUCAUCAUCAUGGACGGUGUGCCGGCGCCUUUGCGAUGCUUCAGUGAGUGCCAUUCCGCAGAAAUGUUCGUGGAUGACGGGGUGGAAUCGGUGACUUCGGUGGAGCAGAAAAAAGUGGAACACAGCAUUGGGGAAGUCAUCAGUGUUUACAAGCAAAUACACAGCUUACCACAGCCAACGUUGUUGCGGGAACAACACUACCAAUAUCUCAAGAAGGGCUUACGUCACCUAUCAGACGCUUAUGAGUGUCUGGAUGCCAGCAGACCGUGGCUUUGCUUCUGGAUUCUUCACAGUCUGGAGUUACUAGAGGAGCCCAUUCCUGGUGCCGUCGCCUCAGAUGUGUGUCAGUUUCUGGCUCGCUGUCAGAGCCCAACGGGGGGUUUUGCUGGAGGACCAGGACAACACGCCCACCUCGCGCCGACCUACGCUGCUGUCAACGCCCUCUGUAUCAUCGGUACCGAAGAGGCCUAUAAUGUUAUAGACAGGGAGAAGCUGUUAGAUUUCCUCUGGUCAGUGAAGCAGCCAGAUGGCUCAUUCGUGAUGCACAUCGGAGGAGAGGUGGAUGUCAGGAGCGCAUAUUGUGCAGCUUCUGUAGCAUCGCUCACAAACAUCCUCACACCAAAACUGUUCGAAGACACUACCAACUGGAUCCUCAGUUGCCAGAACUGGGAGGGUGGUCUCAGCGGAGUGCCAGGCUUGGAGGCCCACGGUGGCUACACUUUCUGCGGGACAGCUGCCCUCGUCAUCCUGGGAAAAGAACACAUGCUGGAUCUCAAAGCCUUGCUGCGGUGGGUGGUCAGCAGACAGAUGCGGUUCGAAGGAGGCUUCCAGGGCCGCUGCAAUAAACUGGUGGACGGCUGCUACUCUUUCUGGCAGGCUGGACUCCUGCCUCUACUCCACAGAGCCUUAUUCAAAGAAGGAGAGUCGGAGCUGAGUCGGCAGCGCUGGAUGUUCGAGCAGCAGGCCUUGCAGGAGUACAUCCUCCUCUGCUGUCAGAACCCAACGGGGGGCCUCCUGGAUAAGCCUGGCAAAUCCAGAGAUUUCUACCACACGUGUUACUGCCUGAGCGGCCUCUCCAUCGCACAGCACUUUGGAAACAUGGACCUCCAUCAUGAGAUGAUCCUCGGCAGGGAGGAGAACAGACUGGCUCCAACUCAUCCGGUUUAUAACAUUUGUCCAGAGAAGGUGGCUCAGGCCCUGCAGCACUUUCACCGGCUGUCUGUCCCCGAGGACAACAAGCAGCCGGACCCCGCCUCCGGAUCAGCCGACAGUCAGUCCUAGUCAGUCCCCAGCGGAGACGUCACGGCACGCCAACCAGCAAACCCCGGGGGACGGACUCGAACCAGCAAACAGCGGUCAGGUCUGACAUGAGACGAGCCCAGGAGCCGGUCGGACGGUGGACCCCCUCGGUAGAAGUGAGGGCUGGAGUUUAGGAGCAUUUGCCUGAAUAAAGGUUAACAGUUGUGUGUGGGCAGCUUCGCAUUCAGCUGAAUUUUUGCUUGCAAUGCCUGUUGUUUUCAUUCUAUGAAAGAAAAGUGAAACUUUCUAUGAUUUCAGUCUGACCUAAGUUAAUAAAACUUUAUACAGCACUUUU